GCUGUGCCUGGAGUGGAGAGACCUGGCAGGGCUUCCCCUCCUUUGUCUGCCUGGCUCAGGGCUGCCGCGCCAGAGGAAAUCAAGAAAUGUCCAAACACAGUUGCAGUGGUGGUGGAUGGGGACGAGCUCCGCCUCGCCUCCGACAGAAAGAAGGAAAAGUACUUCCAACGGACUGAAAACUCUUCUUCUGAAAGGGAUACGGAGGAAAAAAAGGAGCCAAAACAAGCGUUUUUCCUUUUUUUAAAUGAAAUUCCGCAUUGGAGCUAUUGAAUUUUGUGCAACGUGGCCGUAAUUUCUCAUGAGCUGACCUUUAAUGUCAGCGGUAACAAAGAAGAAAUUAUGGAAUUGCGUUUUUUGAGAGCCAAACAACAUCCGUGAACUGGACGAGGACGGAUGUGUGACUCCAACGGUUCCACUUGUAGCCAGAGGAAGGCCGACCACAUGCCGAGCAAGAGCCAAACAUGACGUGAACGGCAACAAGACUAUUCCACCUUUCCCAGAGGGGACGGAGAUGGUCAUGUUUGGCAUGGGCUGCUUCUGGGGAGCCGAGAGGAAGUUCUGGAGUCAAAAAGGAGUUUAUUCCACCCAGGUGGGCUACUCUGCAGGAUGCACACCUAACGCCACCUACAGGGAGGUCUGCACAGGUCGAACCGGCCACACUGAGGUGGUGAGAGUCGUCUUCCAUCCCGAGCGGAUCAGCUUCGCCAACCUGCUGAAGGUUUUCUGGGAAAGCCACAACCCGACUCAAGGGAUGCGUCAGGGGAACGAUACUGGGACCACGUACCGCUCCGCCAUCUACACCUACACAGAGCUGCAGCUGGAGGAAGCCUUGGCCUCCAGAGAUCAAUACCAGCAGGUCCUGACGGAGGGCGGCUUCGGUCCAAUCACAACAGAGAUAGCCGAAGUCAAGCCGUUCUACUACGCUGAGGAUUACCACCAACAGUACCUGAACAAGAACCCAGACGGAUACUGUGGCCUGGGCGGAACCGGAGUCUCCUGCCCAAUAGGAAUCAAGAAGAAGACUUAGAUUGACAGUGGCAGGGAUUUCUUUUAAGCUUUAAAAUGCCUACAAAUGCAAAAAACCUGAUUUAUUAAAUAUAACUGCAUGAAGCUUCUAUGAUGCGUUGGGGCACCACAUAGCACCGGCCUCUUAUCUACAGCAGCUGAUAAAGUAAGAGUGUCAGUAAUGGAACGGCUCAAUCUUCUUGAAAACAACAGACGUGUGUUCCUCAUUGGAAACGUGAUGAGCAGUGCUGCUUUCUGUCGACGUGUGUCAAUCAUGACCCGUUUUUAUAUCAUCAAAUAACCAAACUUUCUACCUGGAAUGACACAACACAUUUAUUUGACUCCAUGUCCCAUCUGCUAACAUGGAGGAGGCAGGGUUUAUAACCCAUACUGCAGCCAGCCACUAGAGGGGGACACUUUUUUGAGCCGUCAUAUCGUCCAUCUUUCUCUACAGACUUUGGGAAAAUCUGCAAAAAUGUCAUAUUUUCUCUGGUUUGAGCUCCAGAAGAAGAUCGUGAUUUGUUUUGUUCAGCUUGUUUUAUGAUAUUAUUCUUUUUAAACUGAUGUAGUUUCAUAGUUUUGAUCAUUAAAGCAUUAACAAAUUCUCA